UGGAACCAGUAAGUAAAUAUCUCCUUCUCUAUAUCAUUUCUUCCUUACCUAUUUCUCCAAUUAUUAUUUAUUAUUUAUUAUUUAUUAAAAUUAAAAAAAUAAAGUCAUCUUGUUAUACUGAUCCUUAAAAAAGAUAUUAAUCUUCAUCGUCGCCGAUCACAGAAAUCUCAACCUCACAAAAUAGAAAAAAGAAAAUAAAAAAGAAAAAAGAAAAAAAGACAAGAAGAUUUCUUGACGAGUUCUGACCGAGUCCACAACUCAAUCCGAGUUCGCCUGAGUCAAGACACGGAUCUAAUCAGCUCGCUGCUCUGAGUUCUCUCUAUCGAUCGUCUUGAGCUCUGUUUUGGAAUUAGUCGUCUAAUGUGAACGACUUUUGGUUUGGUAAGGAAGGGGAAGAGGAAGAAGAUUUAAUCAAUUCGAUGAAUAUGGAUCGGUCUGCGAUUACUGUCGGACCGGGUAUGGAUUUGCCGAUCAUGCAUGACAGUGACCGAUAUGACCUUGUUAAAGAUAUUGGUUCUGGAAAUUUUGGCGUUGCUAGGUUGAUGAGAGAUAAGCAAACUAAGGAGCUUGUUGCUGUUAAGUACAUCGAGCGAGGAGACAAGAUUGAUGAGAAUGUUCAAAGAGAAAUCAUUAACCACAGGUCUUUGAGGCACCCGAACAUUGUCAGAUUUAAGGAGGUCAUUUUGACACCUACUCAUUUAGCUAUUGUGAUGGAAUAUGCAUCUGGAGGUGAACUUUUUGAGCGAAUUUGCAAUGCGGGUCGCUUCAGUGAGGAUGAGGCUCGUUUCUUUUUUCAACAGCUCAUAUCUGGUGUCAGCUAUUGCCACGCAAUGCAAGUAUGCCACCGUGACUUGAAGUUGGAAAAUACUCUGUUGGAUGGAAGUCCAGCUCCUCGGUUAAAGAUAUGUGACUUUGGCUAUUCUAAGUCGUCAGUGCUGCAUUCACAACCAAAAUCCACAGUGGGGACUCCUGCAUACAUCGCCCCUGAAGUAUUGUUGAGGCGAGAGUAUGAUGGCAAGAUUGCAGAUGUUUGGUCUUGUGGGGUGACUUUAUAUGUAAUGUUGGUGGGAGCUUAUCCUUUCGAGGAUCCCGAUGAACCACGGGAUUUCCGGAAGACAAUACAAAGAAUUCUCAGUGUUCAGUAUUCAAUCCCAGAAGUUGUUCAAAUAUCUCAGGAGUGUCGGGAGCUAAUAUCAAAAAUUUUUGUUGCUGAUCCAGCUAUGAGAAUUUCCAUGCCUGAGAUAAGGAAUCAUGAGUGGUUUCUAAAGAACCUCCCUGCAGACUUAAUGGAUGAGAGGGGCAGCCAGUUCGAAGAGCCUGAUCAACCCAUGCAGAGCCUUGAUGCAAUCAUGCAGAUAAUUGCUGAGGCCACAAUUCCAGCAGCUGGAACUCUCGGUCUUAACCAUUAUAUGACAGACAGCCUGGACAUGGACGACGACAUGGAUGACUUAGACUCCGAUUCUGAGCUAGAUGUUGACAGCAGUGGUGAAAUAAUCUAUGCCAUUUGAUUACCGGACACAGCUGCUGGUAAUUUCAAAGGAAAAUUUCUGAUGAAAGCACGCUACUUUUUUUUUUUUUCCGAGUUAUGGCUUUGCCUGAAGAACCAGCGAUGGGAAUGUGUAUGAUAGUCUUUGAUAGGUUAGAAUAGGUAAAUUGUUACUUGGAGUCAUAUGAGUAAUGUUUAUAAGAACAUGCAGUUUUAUACCUUAUGUUUUAUGGAGGCAUUUGAAGCUUAGUGUUUUAUGAGAGGUGUGGUAAAGUGGAAUGAACCAGAAGUAUGUGUGAUAAUCCCCACACCCUCAUUCCUCAUCCCCCUUCCAUUGAACCUAUUUUUAUUUAUCAUUGCUUUUCGUUUGGUUCUGUACGUGUACUUUCUUUUCACUCUGGUGGUUUAUUUGGUCAUAAAAUAUGUGUUUGUAUACUUUGUAACAAUAGCUGUCUCAACAGUUUUUAUAUGAAAUUCGGUAGAUCAGUCAUCAUUAUUAU